ACAUCUAUUUUUGGUUUUCAUUUAUUUCUAAAAGAUGGUUUCAAAGGAAAAACUACUCAUCCUAAGCUUCUUUGCUAUGGUUGUUCUGAUCUCCCAUGUGGCGGCAGCUAGAGACUUGGCUAAGAUUUCCUCAAUCUCUAAAACAUUUGAGAUCUUUGAUGAGAAAAAUUAUGCAAGUGAUGCCAAACAUAGAAAAUAUAUGUGCACAAGAGACGAUAAUGGUCAUUCCGACUGUUUCAUAAUUCCUUGGCUACCUUGGAUGCCCGGGGCUGGUGGUGGUAUGACACCUGCAAUGCCUGCCCCCGGUGGUGGUUACGGGGAUCCUGGAAAACCUAGUGGACCUGGCGAAUAUCCUGGUAAACCUGAAGAACCUGGAAAACCCGGUGGUCCUGGAGCAUAUCCUGGAGAACCUACUAGUCCUAGCGAACCUAGAAAACCUGGUGGACCUGGAGGAUAUACCGGAGAACCUGAAGGUCCUAGCGAACCUGAAAAACCCGUUGGACCUGGUGAACCUGAAGGGCCUGGAGGACCUGAAGAACCUGGCAAACCUGAAGGACCUGAAAAACCUAGCGAACCUGGAGGACAUGAAGGAUCCGGUGAAAUUAGUGAACCUGGCGAACCUAGUGGGCCUGGCAGUAAUCACGGAGCACCUAGCAAACUUAGUGGGGGAAGCUUUACACCUGAGAUGCCUAGAGGUGGUCAUCGAGGACCGUAUACGCCAGGUGGACCUAUUCAAAAAGAUUAUUAUGGAGGUCAUACUUAAAAUUGUGUUAUUAUGUAUAAUAAUACUUAAUUGUACACAAGUGGUGGUAUGCACCCCCCAAUGAAAUCAUGAUGCAAGAGUUCUUAAUUAUCACAAGAAUAAUAAUUGAAUCUA